AUGUUUCUUUCCUGCUGUCUCAUUGAAUUAGUACCCGAGAGGGAUAAAGCAAGAAAAAAAGAAAUACUCAGUCGACAUACAGCUUUGAUGGCAAUUCACCAAAGAAGACGUGCUGAUCAAGACUGUAUUGGAAUUGAUGAUGAAGAUAGCGGAUGUGAUUAUGAUUCUCCCGCUCAUUCACCAGUCGAUUUUACUGAUGUUCCUCCCGGUCAUGUAUUUCAUUAUGAAGAAUCGAAUAUGUCAUAUGAUUCAGGAUUCAGCACAGGUUCUGGUGAAGCUAAUCAUCAACAACGUUCAACUCACAGUCAAACGUCUUCAUCAGGAUGUCACAGUGGUGUCGCUACGCGAAGUACUUCAACCAAUUGUAGCAAAUAUCCUGCAGCCAUCGAUCUUGAUGUUAAUGCCAUUGAAGGAGACCUCGGUUUCUAG